CGGUCGGUUUGGGCAAAAUGGCUUAUUUUGGCAAAGAAUUCAAACUAGACAGGCAGGAGAACUACGACACCUUUAUCAACGCUAUUAACGCUGGAAAUGUCAACGAACAAUACAAACAAGCCCUAAUUGCCGAUAAACCAAUAUACAAACUCGUCAAAUCAGGCGAUGGUUACACCUUGUAUACUACAAAGUCUGAUAAUAGCACCCAGGAGGAGCACUUCGUGCCUGGAGUUGAAUAUGAUGAAGUUGUUGGAGGCAAUAAUGUAAGUACUUCCACUUACACUUUUUUUAAUUGCUAAAGUUAUUACGACUUC